AUGUUAGCGUCAAGAGGAGAUAAAAUUCACAUUGACGGUAACAACACUGACAAAUACCCCUAUAGCUGUCAAUCAGGAACGUCACAGCAUCCGGGAAUAUACAUCAACAAGACUCUAUCACUGAUUGGUUCUGCUAAUCCCAUGCCUCAGAUACGUUGUUUCGAAGAAACAGGGUUGGUGUUCAAUGGCUCUGAUAGCGCGGAGGACAUGAAUAUAACUAUAUCAGGACUGUUAUUUAGUGAAAGCCUUGUAUAUGUUCAAGAUUCCUCUGUUCAUAUCGAUGGUUGUAAGUUCCAAGGUAGUAAUCAGAGCGUGGAAAUUGUUAUUCGUUACGGUGCGUUCUCGAAGAUGCUGGUUACAAAUUCGACAUUCUCUAGAAACCGUAGGUGCAUUUCAAUAGUUGUCCAAAGUGAAAUGAGCUUAUCGCCAAAUAUCCAAUUAAUAUUCAAGCUUUCAAAUUCCUCGUUCGAUGGCAAUCUUUGUGUAGACAGAGGCGGAUGUAUCUCGUUCUACAAACCUGAGUCCAGUAUACAGACCGUUAGCUGCAAUGUCACACUGGAUAAUGUGAUAUUCUCCAACAACAACUUCAGUUCAGGACUCUUCUUUCUAAACAUUAACAAUGGCAGACAGAACAUAUACCUUCAGAACGUGACAAUUAGCGAAAACGCGCCAUCGUCAACAGUCUUAGGAGCUCUGGCAGGUUUCCUCGGUGGUGAAUACGUUGUCUCUACUGACGAUGUACAUUUUUUGGUCAAUUCCAGUAACUUCAGAAGUGAACAUGCGCGUUUAUUCCAUGUGACUGCGUCAAACAUUUCAUUUGAAAUCCUCAACUCGCGGUUUUUUGGUCACAAUUCCAAAGGAAGAGGUGGAGUUGCAUCGCUGGUUGGUGCUUUUCUUUGCACGCUUAAAGUCUCCAAGUCAUUAUUUAUUGACACAACUGCUGCCCAAGGGGGAGCUUUCAAUAUAGAAUCCUCCAAUGAUGUAAAUGCAAGCAUUGAGGAUAGCACUUUCUACGGCAAUAAAGCAACAAAUGACGGAAGCGGGGGAGCGGUGUUUAUUAGUGCCUCAGAGUCAUCAUUGCGACUAAGUCAGUCUGCCUUUACGGAAUGCACUGCUGGAUAUGGUGGAGCAAUUUCUAUCGAAACAAAAUCGAAUUUACCGAGCGCAUAUCCUAAAGAUAUUGGUUUGCUCUUGACAGUUGAAAGUUCCAAUUUUACAGGAUGCAGUGCUAAUAUACAGGGUGGUGCAUUGUACCUGAUUUGUGACACCAAUACGCAAAUUAGCCUGAAUAAAAGCCUUUUUAUCUCUAACGGUAUGGAAUUCGGGUUCGGAGGUGGGGCUAUCUGGGCUGUUGACAAUUCAAAAUCUGAAAAAGAUUUGAACGAGAACACCAGCCAAAUGACUUUAGAGCACUGUACGUUUCUAGACAAUCAUGCUCGUCAAGGUGGUGCUUUAUAG